AUGAGUAGAUUUCUGAGACGGCGGUGUCCCUUCACGCGCGGACGUCUAGAAGCCUUGUUUGACGUUGAUCGAAAACGUGGAAAUUAAACCCAACUAUGGCAAAGGAAUCAAGGCAAAAACGAGACUUUGCGACUAAAUUUAAAGAAUACUAGUUUGUAUGAAAUGUCCGAAACGAACAGAGCGAGGAGUCUUUUGUAUACGACCACAAACUGAAUGGAGAGAGAUUUGACUUAUUUUGCUUUGUAUUUGUUUGUGAUUGUACUUCACUCGCUAUCACUGGGCUUUCUUAUCACUUACUUUCCAACUUUUUUCUCCAUCAAAAAAAGAGAACAAUUAAGUUUAAUUUUAUUUUGGGUUUACUAGGUAAUAGUAGAGAGAUUUUGUCUGCAGCGGUACUAGAUUCGACCGAUGCAAAGUGUAUAAAUACUUUCAUUGAGCUAAUUUUCAUUUAUAAUCGUAGAUUAACCUUAUUUUACAAGGAACUCACUGGCUGGGUUGAACAGUUAUAUCGACGAAUUCCGACUACCGCAAAUAUUGCUAUAUUUAUAACUGAAUCAAAAACAAAUACAAAACAGAGACGUUCACAUAAUUUCCACUGUUUCCUAAUUAAAUAAGAAUUAUUUUACAAAAUCCAAACUUUAUUGAUUGCCCAAUAUUUUGCUCCAAAUGCUACACAUUUUUUAGUAAUUCAUGACUGUUUUUAUUUGAAAGCGUCCUUCCAACCUUAAUUGUAUGUUUCCCUCAUUCGGAAGGCAAAGGAUAACAAUCAUGUAUUCUCAUGAUCAUUUCUUUAUCUGUCAACAAGUUCAGCUAAUUUAUUGGAGGACUAAAUUAAGAAAACAAAGAUAUUGUCUAAUAUUAUGAUGAUCUAGUUAAUACCACCCAAAGCAAGUUAUGUUAUUUGUUUUAAAAAUUUUGAUCAUGAUUAGGACCAAGUGCUAGUAAAUCUCAGAUACAAUGAUAAUUUUAUUGUUAGCAAAUUUUGCUGAUAUACUGAUAGUUCUUCCUCAUGAAGUAAUUUUUGUUGCACUGCACUUUCAGUCAAUCAAUGAAAUGGACUGAAGAACACGAAUUGCUUAUGUUGAGGGAAUUGAUGCUUUUGCAGCCAUGGCUGCACAAGAAAGGAACUAGUGAGAGAGGAGAUGAUUGGGAAAAGCUGGCAGUAUCCUUAAAUGCUAUUCCUUAUCCCCAAUUCCGUGUUACUCAACGGUCUGUUCGUGACCACUAUAUUCAACAAUGGAAAAGAGAAGAAGGAAAAAAGUCAGGGAAGAAGACAGAGCCUCGGGUAUUGCCCCUGAAGAGGACAAGGAACUAGAUCAACUGCUAGAUGAAACCAUUGAACUCUUUGAUGAGUCUGACAAAAUCACAGAUCAAACAAAACAAAAGCAGGAAGAAGAAGCAAAGAAAGCAGAGGAAAUGCGGAAGAGAUCAUUGGAAACUUUUAAAGAUAGCGCCAAAAGGAAUGCCGAUGAACAGCAAGGAGCAAGACCGAAAAAGGGUAGAGCUAGUGGUGCAAGCACUCUGGCCUACCUGAAGGAUAGGGCAGAAGUAGAAGCUACUUUAAAACGUGAUGAAUUGGAGAUAAAAAGGCAAGAGUUAGCACUGCAAGCAAAGGAGCAGGAAGGAAGACAACAGCAGUUUGAUAUGAUGAACAAGCAAACUAGAGAUAUUCAGCAGCUUCAGCAGCAGCAAAUGCAGCAGUUUAUGCAAAUGAAUGCAAACAUGAUGCAACAGCACUAA